AUGAAUCAAUCAAGCUGCAAUCGCACCUUCCGUCGGGAAUAUUUUGCACUGGGCAGAUUGUCGCUGUGGAGAAUGGCCGUCGUCCCCCUUGAUGCACAUGGCCUUGUCACAUCGCUUGGCUUUUUUGCUUCUGGUACCAAAACCCGUAGCGAAACCCAACCGCAUUUCGCCACCUCUAUCACACAGCAAACGUUGCAGCAUGACUGCAGCAGCUUGCCUUAGCCCUUUUCUCUGUAUUUAUUUCUUUCUCUCUCUCUCUCCCUAUAUCCAGCGGCCAAGACUCUUUGUUGGCGCGACUUGUUCGCGUUAUCUCCUCUUCGGGGAUAAAAAGGAAGAAGAAGAGGAAGAAGAGAAUAUGUAUUUCGUAUAUCAUCGUAUGCUUGUCGCUUUCAAUUUCGAGUGAAUUUAGUUGUUCUAGUGAUUCGACUGUUAAAAGUGACUUAGGUGACAACUCAGCUAGAAAUCUUCGAAAGCAAUGCCUUUUGUGCCAUAUACUUGCACCAAUUUUUUUUUUAAAUUGCUUAGAUGUGCGUGAAGCUGCAUCUUGCUUGUCGCCCUCUCUCCAAGGCUGCGCAAAAAAA